UCAUUUUUGUGAGUACAACACAACUAGGCGCCACUUUGCUGCUUCGCUCCAUCGUCGACCACCAUGGCUGCGAAGCCUUCAUCACUCCUUAUCUUCCAACCUCGCCUCAAUCUUCGUUUGAAACCUUUCAUUUUCUCAUCUUCAUCACUCGCUUUCAGUAUCAUUCUCAGAUUCCCCUUUCCCAAACCCUCAUUCUUCGUCAACCGCCACUUUUACUCUUCUCUCACCGCCGUCUCUUCCGCUCAGUCUAUUAGCGACGGCGGAACCACUCGCGGCAGGUCGGGGGCGCUUUCUCCGGCGCCGACCACUGAAGAAUUGCAGAGAAUCGAUGUUAACCCUCCCAAGGGAACCAGGGAUUUUCCACCUGAAGAUAUGCGACUCCGUAACUGGCUGUUCAAUAAUUUCAGAGAGGUUUCGCGAUUGUAUGGAUUUGAGGAGGUUGAUUAUCCGGUGCUCGAGUCGGAGGCGCUGUUUAUAAGGAAAGCAGGUGAAGAAAUAAGAGACCAGCUCUAUUGUUUUGAAGAUCGGGGAAAUCGUCGAGUUGCUUUGAGGCCUGAGCUUACCCCUUCCUUGGCGAGAUUGGUGAUCCAGAAAGGAAAAUCUUUGUCCCUUCCAAUAAAAUGGUUUGCCAUAGGUCAAUGCUGGCGGUAUGAGAGAAUGACUAGAGGUCGGCGUCGUGAGCAUUAUCAAUGGAAUAUGGAUAUCCUUGGUGUACCUGAGGUUACGGCUGAAGCAGAGCUGUUAUCUUCAAUUGUUACGUUUUUCAAGAGAGUUGGAAUUACAGCAUCUGAUGUGGGAUUUAAGGUUUCCAGUCGAAAGGUUUUGCAAGAUGUCCUUAAAUGCUAUGGAAUACCUCAAAAUAUGUUUGGCAAGGUUUGCAUCAUCAUAGAUAAGAUAGAGAAAAUUCCAUUGGAUGAGAUGAAGAAGGAACUGAAGGUUGUGGGCGUAUCAGAGGAUGCUAUUGAGGAGCUCUUGCAAGUUCUUUCAGUAAAGUCUUUGACAAAGUUAGAAGAGGUACUUGGAGGUGGUGGUGAAGCGUUGUCUGAUUUGAAGCAGCUAUUUUCCCUUGCUGAAAAGUUUGGUUAUUCUGAUUGGAUCCAAUUUGACGCUUCCAUUGUUCGUGGCCUUGCUUAUUACACUGGUAUUGUUUUUGAGGGUUUUGACAGAGGUGGUAAGCUGCGAGCCAUAUGUGGUGGGGGUCGGUAUGAUCGUUUGCUUUCUACGUUUGGUGGCGAUGAUAUUCCUGCUUGUGGCUUUGGGUUUGGUGAUGCUGUUAUUGUAGAGUUGCUCAAGGAAAAGAAGUUGCUGCCAGAACUGAAUGCUGAAGUAGAGAACAUAGUUUGUGCUUUGGAUCCUGAUCUCCAAGGUGCAGCUUCCAAAGUUGCUACCAUUCUCAGGGAGAAAGGCCAAACUGUUGAUUUGGUCUUGGAGAACAAACCUCUCAAAUGGGUGUUCAAACGAGCGACGCGGAUAAACGCUCGCCGGUUGAUACUAGUUGGAAGUUCAGAAUGGGAACGAGGCAUGGUCGGAGUUAAAGAUCUUUCCUCGGGCGAACAAUGUGAGGUCAAACUUGAUGAACUCAACUAAUUUAAACAUCAUUCUUUUCUUCUUCUUCUGUAGAUUUAUUUGUUUAGGGAAUAGUUUCAAACUUCAAUUUUACAUUUUCCAAUCUUAGAUUAUUGUGUAUUGAAACGGUUACUAAUGGGGGAUACAUCAAUGUUAUGUUCAAUUACAAGUUUAGUUUUUGAAA